AUGACGGGCGUGGAGGAGAAACCAGUUGUUGCCUAUUUAGGGCCAGAGGGUAGUUAUACUCAUCAGGCCGCCCUCUCCACCUUCCCCCCACAGGACCCUCCAACAACAACCCUCACCCCACUCACCACAAUCCAAGACGUCUUCUCCGCCGUGCAAUCCGGCACAGCCCACCGAGGCGUCGUCCCCUUUGAAAACAGCUCCAACGGCUCUGUCCUCUUCACCCUCGACCUCUUCGCCGACCUCGAGCGCAAGCACGCCGACAUACUCGUUUGCGACGAAGCCUACGUCGCGGUACGGCACUGUCUCUUAGGCCGUCGUCCUUUGCCUGCCCCAGCCUCGACCGACACUCCCACCGGCAAGCAAACCAACGACUUCUCGCACAUCAAACGCAUCUAUUCGCACCCCCAGGCCUGGGGCCAGUGCAAAAACUUCCUCACUACCCACUUUCGCGCCGUCGAGAAGAUCGAUGUAAGCUCUACGUCGCGCGCGGCGCAGAUUGCAGCAGAGGACGAGACGGCCACGUCGGCCGCGCUGUCGAGUCCCGUUGCAGCCCGUCUUUUCGGCCUCCAGGUGCUGGCGGAAGGGGUGAAUGAUCGGUUGGGGAAUGCGACUAGGUUUCUUGUUCUCCGACAUCGUGCGUCUUCUUCUUCUUCUUCUUCUGCUGCUGCUGCUGUUCAGCGUUCAAGCACCGUUGUGCAGGGCAAAGGCGAUGAUGGUGACGACGACGACGCAGCAUGGAAAUCCCUAGUCACAUUCACAGUACAGCACUCGAACCCUGGUGCGCUGGCGAAUUGUCUGACGGCGUUUUCGGCGCAGGGGAUUAAUCUUACGUCGAUUAAUACGAGGCCGAGUGGGGAUAGGAAUUGGCAUUAUGUGUUUUUUGUAGAGUUGAAGGGGAGGAGUAGGCGAGGACAUGGUGAUGGUGGUGGCGGUCAGGAAGAGGAAAUGGGGGCGGUGGAUAGGGCGUUGGAAGGGCUGGGCAAGGUGUGUAGUGGGUAUCGGUGGUUGGGGAGUUGGAAGAAUAGGCUUGAUGAGGAGGAGAGUGGGUGAGAUAUAAGGAAAGAUGAAAAAAAAGAAAGGAAAAAAAAACAUGGCAGAAGGGAAGGCUGGUGGAAUCGCGCCUGGGGCUUUUUGUCAAGAUAUGGCAAGCUACAAUUUCACAUUUUGCAUUCAUG